CCACAUGAAAAAUCACUGGUGUAGGACGACGAUACAGCCAGGCAGACAGCGAGAGGACUUUCAGAGGCAGACACGCAGAAAUACGGAGGCUGGGACACCCGGAGAGACAGAACAGGACAGGACAGCCGCAGCCAUGGACGCGUCCGUUUGACCAGCUCCACACUCAUUUCCGAUCUUUAACAGGUCCAUCCAGCAUGUCGAAGGUAGACGGAGCCGGUCAGCCGGAGGAAGGGGAGUACGGAAGGGCUGCGAAGCGGCUGAAGACGGAGGAGAGGGAGAGGGAGGCGGAGGCGGAGGACAGGGAGGAGGGGGAAGAGGAGCUGGAGGAAGGGGAGGACUCGGACUCUGGGUCGCUGCCCGGUAAUGGAGAGCCAGCAGUGGACAACCGGGCCCGGUGGAGUGGCAGCCAAUACGGAGCCGGACGGAGGGAUAAUGGAGAGGACUCCCAUCGUAUAUCCCCCAGUCCUGUGGUCCAUGGGGGUCUGUGUGGGCUGAUGGUGGUGGAAGCCGACCUAAUCGAUGCCCUGGAGAAGUUUGGACCCAUUUGUUAUGUGAUGAUGCUGCCAUUCAAGCGUCAGGCCCUGGUGGAGUUCUCUGCUGUGGAAAGUGCUGACCGCUGUGUUUCUGUGGAGCGAAGGAGUCCAGUGUACAUUGCAGGCCAACAGGCAUAUUUUAAUUACUAAUCCAAGAGAAUCACCAGGCCGACCAACGCUGAUAAUCCCAACAGUGGCAAUAAGGUCUCCUGCUGUCCAUACAGAACCCCCUCUAUCCCCAUCACCACGGAUGUUCUGUACACAGUGUGUAAUCAUGGCAAUGUGCUCAGGAUCGUCAUUUUUAAACGAAAUGGAAUCAGGCGAUGUGUUUCAGGUUUGAAUCCGUUCAGGUGCGCACAGAAGGCCAAAGCUGCUCUGAAUGGAGCUGACAUCUACGCUGGCUGCUGUACUCUCAAGAUUGAAUAUGCACGGCCAACACGUCUGAAUGUGAUUAAGAAUGACAAUGAGAGCUGGGACUACACCACCUACCUGGUCAGACGAGACCGUGGAAAGGGCAGGCAAAGACAAGCCAUUUUAGGAGAACACCCGUCGUCCUACAGCGAUAACGGUUAUGGUCCACCUUGUCCCCUGCUGCCUCUGCCUGGCAACAGCAGGUACAAGCUCACUUCAGUGGAUGUUCCAGACAUGGUGACCUACCCUCUCCCUCAGUCAUCCACCUCUUAUUCUGGCCACGCCCCCAGCUCUGUCGCCAUGGUGAGUGGCCUCCAUCCAUCCAAGAUGAACUGCACCCGUAUCUUCAACCUCUUCUGCCUCUAUGGAAACAUUGAAAAGGUAAAGUUUAUGAAGAGUGUUCCUGGCACAGCUCUGGUUGAGAUGGGAGAUGAGUAUGCAGUGGACAGAGCCAUCACACAUCUGAACAGCAUCAAGGUGUUCGGAAAGAGACUCAAUGUCUGUGUAUCUAAGCAGCAUGCAGUCAUCCCAAGUCAGGUGUUUGAGUUAGAGGACGGCAGCAGUAGCUAUAAGGACUUCGCCAUGACCAGGAACAAUCGCUUCAGCAGUGCAGGACAGGCGUCCAAAAACAUAAUCCAGCCUCCAUCUGCAGUACUGCACUACUACAAUGUUCCUCCGUGCAUCUCACAGGACCAUUUACUGAGGCUGUGUACUGAGCAUGAUGUGCCUGGAUUCGUCAAAUUCAAGAUGUUUGAUGCCAAACCCUCUUCCAAGACUAUCUCUGGCCUGUUAGAGUUCGACAGUAAGACUGAAGCUGUGGAAGUUCUAACUGUUCUCAACCACUAUCAAAUCAGGAUUCCCAAUGGCUCCAAUCCAUACACACUGAAGCUGUGUUUCUCCACCUCAUCUCAUCUGUAAAGACGAGAGAUGAGCAACAGGAAGCCGAGCCUCAUGAUGGCGAACCUCUUCUCUGACCUGAAGAGGGAAAACCAUGACAGACAGAUGGACAAGAGGAAGACGGAAGAACAUAUGUUAUAAGAGAAGGAAAGAAAGCAGUGAAGCUGAGAGCUGGACCCAAACGGAGAGAAAAAGGAAAGAGUUAAAGGAGACAAUAAGCUGUCAACACAAAGUCAUCAUUGGUCUUUUCAGUUACAGCGCAGGGGCUCCUGAAUACCUGACAUACUCCAGUAAUAUGUUUAUAUCGUCAUGUGGGACUACUCAUGUGUCUAUCCCAGAAUUCAUCACUGCAUGGUAACAUUGUAUUUGAGUGCUGACCUUCAGCAGUUUCCCUAUACAGACCCAACAUCAGCACCUUAAACAGCUGUUCCAGUUCAUACGUACGCCAACUCAAAGAAGUUAUUAAUGUUUCAAAGGGACACAAACAGUAUGUUACUUUCAAUUUCUAUUCAGUCUAUUUAGUAAAACUGAACAUGCUUUUAUUACAAUGUCUGUGUUAGAGCUCAGCAAAGCUACAGUAACCUUUAGACAUAAGCUUGGGGAAGGCCUGUGGAUGGAAGAGUCACUCCAACAGAGGAAGAUCCCUGAAGAACUGAUGAGUGAUGAUUGCUGAGGUGUCAAGAUGGUUGUCGUGGAUACGGUACCCAGAGUGAAUCAAUGACCCUGACCUUUCCUUAGCACCAGCAUGAGGCAAGGAUUUUUGAUAAACCAACAUUUUUUUUCCAUUGUAUGAGAUCUAGAAACUAAUGGCCACAAAACCAUCAUAUUUGGGUUGAACAUAUACUGUACAAUUCCCAAAACAGGAGUUAUAAAAAGUAUGAAUGCUUCUGCCUUUCCUUUAGGCCCAUUCAUUAUCUCAAACUUGUCAUCAAAUGAUGCAAAUGCAGCAGUUACAAAACAUUUAACAAAGGGUUUAAAUAUACAUAUAUAUAUGUGUGUGUGUGUGUGUGUGUGU